CUCAGAUGGAUAAAUUAGUAGGCCUGUUUGAUUUAUAAGUUUGAUAAUAGAUAACAUAUUACACAUUUAUCCUGUCAAAAAUGCCUCUUCACCCAUUUCAGUGGACAGAUUUUCUUACGUGUGCAAAUUGCAAUAAGGAAUUUUCUAUUGAACCGAAACGUUUCCCCAUAACAUUGCUGUGCAGUCAUUCAAUAUGCCAAGAAUGUGUUGGUCAGGUACAAGUUAAAGGUUGUCCUCAGGAAUUGAAUUCAUCACCCCCUGACCUUUCAACUCUUGGAGUGAACUUUGCCCUUCUUCAACUUGUGAUCUAUCAGAAUAAUUUGGGUCGAAGUGCUAGUUAUAGACCCAAAGAUCCAGAAAAGCUUUUAUCAAAACUUGGUGCAGACUAUUCAAGCUAUACAAAAUGUUGCCACCUGGUAGAAGGUCUUGCCAUACAUCUGCAAGAUAUAAAAAAUGGGAUUCUACCAAAUGAAAGUGACUUAACGAAACCAAUGCUGAGAAAAUUGGUUACACUUGUACAAUCUCAACUUGCAUUGGAAGAAGGAAGAUUAAAAAUGUUGAGAUCUUGUCGUGCAAUUGGGGAACGAGCAUCAACUGAACUAAUUCUUGCUCAUCAGAAUCCAGCUACGUUAUCGGGAAAUUUAUGGACGGCAGUAAGAGCAAGGGGAUGCCAGUUUCUAGGGCCUGCAAUGCAAGAGGAAGCUUUAAAACUGAUACUUCUAGCAUUAGAAGAUGGAUCAGAAUUAUCUAGAAAAGUUCUUGUUAUGUUUGUUGUUCAAAAAUUACAGCAACAAUUCUCUCAAGCAUCCAAAACAAGUAUUGGACAUGUCGUACAGUUGCUCUACAGAGCUUCUUGUUUUGUGGUGAAAAAGAGAGAUGGGGAUUCCUCACUAAUGAAAUUAAAAGAAAUUUAUCGAACUUAUCCUGCGCUAAGAAGAGAACAUGAUGCACAGGUUGUUCAAAUAGCGAGAGAAGCUGGUCUUCGAAUUGCCCCCGAUCAAUGGAGUGCAUUAUUAUAUGGAGAUCAAGGACAUAAAUCACACAUGCAGUCUGUAAUAGAUAGAUUACAAAGUGGAGAAUCCUUACAACGAUGCAUUCAGGAUUUAGAUAAUGCAAUCAAGUCGAGUGAUUCUACAAAUUUAAAGAGUCUGAUACCGCAUUUUGAAAUAUUGGCAAAAAUAUCUGCGGAAAGUACGCUGUCUCCACAAGACCUUCAUAAUAACGAUUGGAAUUUUCUCAUCAGUUGCUUGCAGUCUGUUAAUUUCAUUAUAAAGGAAUUGAUCAUAUUUUCAAAGAGUCAUAAACCACAUGAUUUAUGGCAUGAUGAGGAAUCGCCGAGUCAGACUGCCAAAUUCAAAACAUCAUUCUGUAGAGAUAUCAAAAGUAAAGGGAGAUGUCCAAGAGGUUCUUCUUGCACAUUUGCUCAUUCUGAAGAAGAAUUGCAUCAUCACCGUAACAAAAGAAAGAAGGCCAGUCUUGGAUAUCCAGCUAGAGACAAGAGGCAACCAAACGCUGCAUCACCUGCUAGCAAUGCUGAUGUGCAACAACGGAUUCUAGACGUUGAUCAUAGACAAGCAGGAAUUCGAGCCACUCCUCCUAUUGCACCAGUACAACCAAGACAAGGAGAGCCUGUACCUGGAAAUCAUGUCUACUCGUAUCCACAACAAAGUGGUUAUCAACAACAUUUACCUGUUCAACAGCCACCCAUGAUGCAACAGCGACCAAUCUCUCCACAAAUGCAUGUCCCAAUAGCUCCCCAGCACUUUCGACCGCCUCCAUCGUAUUAUGGAUAUGAUCCUUAUCGUCAACAACAACACGCAGGGGUUGAAGGCAACUACAAUCAGACUUAUAAUCAGUAUUCAUACGGACCUCCUCCCAACCAGCAGUAUUCACAUAUACCAACAGGAAAGCCAAUUCCGAUUGAGAAUUCCAUGCCGCAACAUUUACAACCACGAAACGAACAACCGCCUGUAAAAUCCGGGAACAUGUAUGAACAGAAUUUACCACACUUUACUGUUACUUUGUCGUUUCAAUCGAAACCAAAUGCCGACCCGAUGUCAGCUAGUCAGCAAGUUGUGGUUGCGCAACAACAGCAAAUGGGGAGACCGUCGUCUGUCAAUGUCAGUCAAUCCAUGACAGAAAAUAUGACUUUGUCAAGGCCAGUCGACACAUUUACUUCACAAUCAAUACCAAGUAGGCAACAAGACACAAUGACUCGCACACAAUUUAUGAGACAAAGGGCAAUGGCUACGCCAGGAAUCAUCAACAAUCGCCUUGUUGAUCCAUCGCCACCGCCAUAUCCCAUGCAAACUAACACUGUUCCGAAAAACAUGGGUUCAUCUGGGUUCUAUCCGAUACAGCCGCAGCAUGCACCUACAAAUGAACCGAUAGAUCGCUCACAGAUGUAUCGCGUACAAAGUCCUGUUUACCAAUCUUCGCCCAUGCAAGUUCGAGAUCCUAGAGUUGCAGUGGUCGCACCACAACAGAUUAUUCAGCAACCCCCGCCUUCAGCUACCCCCACUCAUAUAUAUGAUCCAGGAAUGAACAUGGUGUUUUCCAAUAACUUUCAACAACAAGAAGUCAUAGCUCAAACUGUGCCAUGUCCAAGUCCAUUCAUGAUGACACAGUCUCCUGUAAAUCAGCCAUCAAAUACACCUGUGUUGAUUCCUGUAGUUCCAGUCACACAAUAUCAAGUCAUCGAUCAACAAAUGGUUCAUGUUCCAUCCCAGAUGAUACCAGUGACGCUGCCUUAUGUGCCCACAGUGGUUCAUUUCGAAGAUAUAACGUAUGCAAGAGAGAAGCAAAUAUCUCUUUGUGAUGACAUCGCUUCUGAAUUAUCUAUCCCGAAGUCCAUUGACGAUGCUACUGUUGCUCAGCUAGAAAGAAGAAAAGAACAAAUUUUAGAUAAAUUACUCCACAAUCAAUCUCAACAAAAGGAUGAUGUUUGUCCACCACCGGAUGUCAUGCCUAGUACAGAUGCAGAAAGGUUUUAUGAUGUUUGGAACUGCCAAAGUUAUUCACCACUAUUCAAUUUACAGACUGCUGUUACAGUCUUGCCAGAAAACUUGCAAUGUGAAGAUUAUUCAUCUAAUGUUGUUGAUGUUAUUGCUGAAAUAGAUACAAGAACUAAACAGGUCACAAUGCGGGGUACAGACAUUAUAAAUCCAUCUCAUGCUCGUAAUGAAAGAACAUUGGAUGACACAAAGAUGCAUAGACUUAUGUUGGAAAAAAAUGAUGACAUGAAGAAUGCUGAAUCUUCUUCGGAAUCCAGUCAACCUUUGAAAGCUUUGAUUUAUUAUUCAAGUGGACCACCGGAUAAGGAAGGCCAUGCUGUAGUUGUUAAUAAUGAUGAUGAUGAAAUGAUACCGUUCAGUGAUCGUCCUACUGUAUCAAAAUAUGGACCUAUUGCAAGAUCUGUACGAACGAGACCAAGUAAUACAGAUUCGGUUCAGGUGAAUGCCAAUGCUGAUGUAAGUACACAUUCUGUAGCUGCAUCAAAUGAUGUUCCGAAUCAAAAGCAAAGUGCAGCAAUUAAGAGGAGUGUCUACUCUUCAUUCGAGAACAUGCAUGCUGUUUCAUAUUUCCCUGCUUCGUAUCCAAGAAGUCGUGAGUCAUUUUCGACACAAAACUUGAAAAAUCAUCCUUGUAUACCCGCUGCUGCCACAGGAGCAGUGCCAAGUAGAUGCAUAUCUAUUACCCAGGCGGCUUCUAAUUCAAAACUUCUCCAUCGGGAGGAAACUGCGUUACAGCAGAAUAAACCACCAAAUCCAACUGAAGACCUUCAACUUGCGAUGGAGUUGCAACAAAUCGAACUUGGAAUUCAUCAGAAAAAACAACAACAUUACCAGUAACGAUAAUAGGGUUUUAGUGUGAGCUCAAUAUUACGAACUGCCAACAUUCUGUUUUAUGACCAUUUUUGAGUGUCCAUUUAGAACUAAUGUUGUACCUAUAGUGGUUGUUGUUGUGGAAAAUCGCUCUUCUGUACUUGGAGAUGAAAAGUCACCAGAAGGCUUCAACUUUAAUUCAAAUAUUCUCUCGAGAGCCAGUAAUUUCAUCCCAACUUCUGCUGGAUUUUAAAAUUCAUCGAAACUCUUCCAUAUGGCUUAUGGCGCUAUUCUUCUAACAUUCUGUGGCUAGAAUUUUGCUGGCUACGCAAUGGGUAUAUAAGUCAUUUUCAUAUUCAUAUACUUGAAUUGAACAUUGCUCUCUUGUUUUUAUAUACAAUUUUUUAUGUUACACCGUGUACACUUUUUGUAAUUUUUUUCUAAAGAUUUCCAGAAAAAAAGUUCCAUAAAGUAAAAGUUACAAUCGAAUGUUGUUUUGUUGUGUGUGUGUAGCUUCCUCUCUCAUUCAUAUAUCUUUUUUUUGCCAAUUGUCAACCUUCAUUAUUUUGUACGCCUUUGUUUAUAUAUAUAUAAUUGUUUUAUGGUCAAAUGGAAUGUGUAUGUAUUUAUUGUUUGAGGUUGAAUCAAAGAGUCUAAUCAAUGAUUCAAGCUGUUAUUGCUCUCAAGCAUAUGAAGAUUGAUUCCAACUGCCAUAUCAUAUUCUUGCUUCUGUACAUAUUUUUGCAAUAUUCAAUUUUCAAUCGUGUUUCAAAAGACAUUCUAUUAUCAAUUGUUUUAUAUAUUUUAAUACAACUAGUUUUUAAAUUCAUUUUUCCGCCCUACAAUUUCUGCUGUCUGCUUCAAUUCUUCUUCCAAUCUUCCGGCAAAGAACAUUUUCAUUUGAAUGUUUCACUUAUUAGAUAGAUCAGGCAUUUAGCCAUAAUGGAGUCUAAUUAUGAAAAUUGCAAAUAGUUGAGGUUCUCAUAUUUUAGGUUUAUUAUUUUGACAUGAAUAAUAACCAUAUGGUAUUACAUAAAAUGAAUGAUUUCAUAUCUCCACUUGUGGAUACAUUACUUACGAUAAUCAAAUUGAUACUUUUGCUACAAAACUAUUGUAAAUUAGCUUAAUGUGCCAUACAAUCUUGAUGCCCUUUAAUGAAUGUUGAUAAUUGCUUUGAUAGUGUUGUUUGAAUGUAAUUCAACUGGAUGGCUGUUUGCAGCAGUAAAAUUGCAAUGAAUAAAGGAGAUUCCACGACAACUGUGUUGCCAGAAACAGUGCCUCUGUUGUUUGCCUUAUGGAAAGUUCUCUCACAGCUCGUCACAAAUUUGUAAGGGGCACGUUUGUAAAUGUUCAUGAGAUUCACUUACUAAAAUUCCUUACACUUUUUAUCUCGCCUCGCGGAACACUAAAAAAUGAAAGGGCGAGGUUGAUAAAAAAAUGGUGUUAUGCAGCGGUUCCCAAAGGGUGUGCUACUAGUGCGUCUUGGCGAGUUGCCAAAUGCGCCCCGAAAACUAACAGGAUUGUGUUCAGAAUAACUAAAAAAUGAUUGAAUAUUUCACGUAUUGCAUUUAUUAUAAAAGUUUUAAUGCUUUUUAUUUUAAAUGCUGGGUGUAUGAAUCAAUAAAUUCAUUUUACCUUUC